AUGCAUCGCAAAUCAUUAAGAAGAGCUAGCGCAAACACAUCUCUGGCCCCCUAUCGAAAACAAGUUAUUAGUAACGCACGCAAUAAGCCAGGCCUUUUCUCUAAAAUUAAAUCUUUCUUUUCUCAAAACGACUCAACUAAGACAGGUACAGGGACUAGAAUUGCCAAUACAAAAUCAGGCAAUAAGGUCCCUGAUAGGAGAAUUUCUAGUAUGCCUGGAGGAUAUUUUUAUUCAAAUACAUCCACAGAUUACCAUUUCAACCGCUCUGGGGCGGUCUCUUCCCUGAAAGAAGAUAGUGAUGACGUUGAGAAUAACGAGGAACAGUGUGAUGAAACCCGUGAAGCGAAUAUAUCCAAUGCCCAACUCGCAAAUUUUUUUAGUAAGAAAGGUAAUGAGCCUUUAUCAGAAAUUGAAAUAGAGGGCGUGAUGUCAUUGUUGCAAAAAUCAAAUAAAUCCAUGAAUACCUCGAAAAGAGGGCAAAAGUCAUCAGAAAGCAGUAAUGCUGAUCAUUCACUUAUUUUAAAAGAGUCAGGAAGUACACCAAUUAGUGUAUCCAAUGCGCCAACUUUCAAUCCAAAAUAUGACACUACUACCGUUUCGAAUGCUUCAAUGAAUACCACUUUGGGAACCAUUGGCUCAAGGAAAUACAGUUUCAACUAUUCCAGCCUUCCUUCACCUUACAAGACGACCGUUUAUAGAUACAGCGCAGCAAAAAAGAUCUCCGAUACAUACACAGCAAACACAUCCGUUCAAAGUGCAGUUUCUGCAAAAUCAACGAGAGCCGGUGUCACAAAGCCAACUUCUACCAAAAAAAUGAGUAACACAGCUGCAGCGUUGGUUUCUCUCUUAGAUGAAAAAGAUAUUAAGAGGAGUAAUCCUGUUUCAGAGCUCGCCAAUCCGUACUCUUCAUACGUAAGCCAAAUACGCAAACACAAGAAGGAGUUCCCAAGUAUCGUAUCAAGACAAGAAGACAGUCAAGAGCCUAAAACCAAAGCUUUAUCCGAAAAGCUUCCUGAAGGAAUUGAAGAAUCAGUGAAGCAGUCUAACAAUGUCAAAAUUUCUCCACCUGCUCCAAGUAAAGACUCCUUUGCUAAAUACAAACCCGCGAGAUCUUCGUCCUUACGCUCGAAUGUUGUAGUGGCUGAGACCUCCCCCGAAAAGAAGGAAAGUGUUGUAAAACCCCCUUCCUCUACAUUCAACUUUUCUUUUAUCGGCGCAAAAAAUGUCGAACCUGCUAAAGAUGAAUAUAAUAAUGGGAAUGCGCCACCUACCCCAUCGAAAGAAUUCAAUUUCACUAAACUUCAUACAAAGCCGAAGACUGAACUUACAAAGGGCGACUUUAUUCCAGUGGAAGGGGACUUUUCAGUGACGCCUCAAAAAAAUGUAUCGAACAGCUUUGUUUUCAACAGCGUUCAAAAAAAGCCACAGUCAAUUCUUCCGUACCAAAACGACAACAAGAUUAAAAGUAUUGAUGCCUCAGUAAAAAGCGAUAUUCCAAAGUCAGACCUCGAAGAAUUUGACUUCAACAUUCCUGUCUCAUCUAAACUACUAGGAAAUGGUUCGGUUGAUGAAAACAAAGUUGAGGCCUUCAAAUCUUUGUAUACUUUUUGA